CUUUUGCUAGAAGUAGUCUAGGACUAGAAGCACCGGGAUCAAUCUUCGCGAUGAAUAUUAAUUUCCCAUGUUUAUUUGAACAUUGGAAAAUCGGAAGCUUCGUUUCUGCUAUGGCGCUGUGGAUAAAUUAGGGCUAGGGUUUUUGCAACUGCGUCAGCGUCCUUGUAUUUGGCUUCUAGGGAUUAUACAGAGACAAAAAGCAAGAGAGAACGAAUGGGGAGAUACAGAAGCAGGAGCAGGAGCAGGAGCUACAGCCCCCGACGAAGCCGAAGCCCGUAUAGACGGAAGCGGUACGACGACCCUCGCGACCGCUACCGCUACCGCGACAGCAGGUCCUCCUACAGAGACCGAAGAUCUUCUCCUCCUUCUGGCUUGCUCGUUCGUAAUAUCUCCCUUGAUGCCAGGCCAGAGGAUCUCAGGAUACCAUUUGAGCGGUUUGGUCCUGUGAAGGAUGUCUAUCUGCCCAAGAAUUACUACACUGGGGAACCUCGCGGGUUUGGAUUUGUAAAGUUUCGCUAUGCUGAAGAUGCAGCCGAGGCAAAGCAGCAGCUGAACCUUACAAUUAUUGGUGGGCGUGAGAUAAGAAUUGUUUUUGCUGAGGAAAACAGAAAAACUCCUCAAGAAAUGCGCUCGAGUGCACGCAUAAGUGGUCGGUAUCGGGGAAGCUAUGGAAGGCGAACACCAUCAAGGUCUCCAAGACGCCAAUAUCAUUCUUACUCUCGUUCGCCUUCACCAAAUUGGUGUGAUUUGAGGGAUCGUCGGGCAAGGGAUGAUUAUCGUUCUCCACUGCGGUCAAGAUGCAUUUCCCGGUCCCAAUCGUAUUCUCCACAUGAUGACAGGGACUACAGGUCUCGACGGAGGUCCUUGAGUUCAAUGGAGAAUGGUCAAAGUCCCGAUGACGAGAGGGAUUAUGGCCCAAGAAGGUCAGAGAGUCCAAGGGGGAGCAGUCGUAGCCCUUGAGAUCGCGUUCACGAUCCUACAGUCAGGAUGAUGCCUUUUGAAAGUCUGUACCUGGUCUCUCACUCUUUGGAUGCCGUUUUAUCUGCACACACUGCGUAGGUAAAGGCUGUAUAUUUGGUACUCAAGAGAGGGGAUGGAGUUUGGUAUAUGUGACUUACCAUUGUAAUGGGUUUAAUCUUUCCAUGUCAUACUUGGAUGGAAUUAUAUUUACUGAAUUCUGCUGUUUCAGUUGUUGGGUUGGUUAGUAUUUUGAUUACAUGUUUGGAAUGGGAAACAGCAAUUGGCAAAA